CAAAAGAGAACGCACCGGGACAUGUCCUCUUAAUCUCAAACUCUCACUGCCCCAAUUUUCUAGGAGUACACUAAAAUCUAACUUUUUGCAGAGAGCAAUAAUUUUGAGAAAAAGAAUUCAAUUAUUGAAGUCAGAACUCGAAAUCGAAAGCCCUCGUGCUCUCUCUCGUCUCGUUGUUGAUGUUGGUUUAUUCGAGUUUAUAAGAAGAUGAAAAGUGUGGCGAAUGCUGUUGGAGCUAAGACGGCGAGAGCCUGCGACAGCUGCGUGAAGAGACGGGCACGGUGGUAUUGCGCCGCCGACGAUGCUUUUCUUUGCCAAUCUUGCGACAGUUUGGUCCACUCUGCGAACCCUCUCGCUCGCCGGCACGAGAGAGUUCGUUUGAAGUCGUCGGCUAGCCCGAAGCAUAGCAACCACAACCACAACCACUCAGCUUCUUCUUCUUCUCCUCUGCACGAAGCUGCCACGUGGCAUCACGGGUUCACUCGUAAAGCCAGGACACCGCGUGGCUCUGGCAAGAAGAGCCAUCCGUCGAUUUUCCACGACUUGGUGCCGGAGAUUAGCGUGGAGGACCAGACGGAUAGCUACGAGCUAGAAGAGCAGCUGAUUUGUCAAGUGCCGGUUCUUGAUCCAAUGGUGGCCGAGCAAUUCUUAAACGACGUCGUCGAGCCGAAGAUAGAGUUUCCUACGAUGAGAAGCGGUGUUAUGAUCCAUGAGGAUCAGGAGGACGAAGACAACAACGCCGAGAGUUGUCUAAAUGGGUUUUUCCCGACAGACAUGGAGCUCGAGGAGUUCGCUGCUGACGUGGAGAUUCUACUUGGUCGCGGGUUAGACACCGAGUCUUAUGCCAUUGAGGAGCUAGGUUUAUCAUCAAACUCAGAGAUGUUCAAAAUCGAAAAAGACGAGCUAGAAACAGAAGAAGAAACAAAAGCCAUCAUGAACAUGGGAAUUAUAUGCGAUGAGGAUCGGGACGACGACCGGGAUGGAAUGGUGCCGUUUGAGCUGAGCUUUGAUUACGAGUCGCACAAGACGACGACAUACGAAGAAGAGGAGGUAAUAAUAAAGAAGGUUGAAAAAAGUAGUCUUGGUGAGUGUAUUAAGGUGGAGGAAGAAGAGCAGAAGAAUGUUCUGAUGCUGAGAUUAAACUAUGACUCAGUGAUUUCCACUUGGGGAGGCCAAGGUCCACCAUGGACAUCAGGAGAUCCACCUGAACUAGACAUAGACAUCAGUGGCUGGCCAGCUAUUUCCAUGGUGGGAAAUGGAGGAGAAAGUCAUCAUCAAAAGCAGUACGUUGGUGGAUGUUUACCUUCAAGUGGGUUUGGAGAUGGAGGCAGAGAAGCUAGGGUUUCGAGGUACAGAGAGAAGAGGAGGACGAGGUUGUUUUCUAAGAAGAUAAGGUACGAGGUUCGUAAAUUGAAUGCGGAGAAAAGACCUCGAAUGAAAGGAAGAUUCGUUAAGAGAGCCUCGCUUGCUGUUUCUGCUGCCAAUUCACCAAUAGGUCUGAAUUACUGAAUAUUCAUGUUAUAUCUUAGCUCACUCUUACUUUUUCUUUUUACAAACCAAAAAAAAAAAGAAUUUAAAGUUUUGGUGACUUUUUUUUUUCUUCUGUAACGACGGACGUUUUUUGCACUUGGAGUUGGUUUGUACAUAGGAAUAACUAAUAAUGUGACGACUUUCUUGUAAGGAUAGCACUGAUGUAUAUAAAUCUGGUAAUAAGAAUGUGAAUAGGUAUUUUGAUUGGUAAAA